AUCAUCAUCGUCGUGUUUACGGCAUCAUGCGCCAAGAUGGACGCAAUGCACUUGUGAGCUGUGUCCUACCUCGGGAUUCGUAUUUUGCACUUGUUUUACUUGUGGCACAACACCUAUAUAGCCAUUGACCUCCCACAAUAUCUGAACAACACUCCAAAUCUCCAUUGAACGCCUCACCACAAUCAUGUUCCGCAACAUCACAAGCACGUCCUCGAGGACGCUGCGUACGAUUCACGCCCGCCCAGUCCUCGUCUCCGCAAGCAGAGCCCCCCAAGGUUACGCGAAAUAUAUGAGCACGAACGACAAGACGAACACAGAUCAAACCUCCGAUGACAAGCACGCGAUCAACAAAGUAAAGGAGGGCGAUGCCAAUGAUGUCCAGUCAUCGAACAUGAAGGAUGGAUUGAAGAGCGCCAACAAGGGAGGCUCUGGCUCAUCGGGUGGCCAUGCGACGGAAGGGAAGGACUCGGCAGGAGGUGUGGCUAAGGCGAAGAAAGAGUUCCCCGAGGCACCGGACCCAGCGAUUGGCAUGCAGGAUGAGAGGGGUGGACGUGGAGGCUGAGCGGAUACACUUAAAACAUGGGGUUAAGGGUCUUGCUAUAUGUAUCAUGUCAGCGACCACGACGACCGAUCCAAAUCAAUAUUCUGUCUGUUCA